CUACGUGCCAAAUCAGAUGUUGCUGCUUUGUGUUCCCAGGAGAGAUGAUAGCAGCUGAAGCAAAGAGCUGAGAAGACAGGAUUCUUGCCCAUUUAAUAGGCUGUGGUGUGAAGUUCAGAUAAAGGGGCUGACCUUAUGAGUGACUCAGGAAGCAUAUUUGGUGACAUUCACAAGCCCAGUGCCAGAGCCAUCUAUGGUGAGAAGACGUAUUCCAACUUCAUCAUCAUGGCAGAUGUCUCCCAGUAUGCUGUCAAUCACCUGGUGACCUUCUCCCUUGGGAAAGAGGAAGAUUUGACAUCUGUGGAGGAUGCUGUCAGGAAACUGUGUAUCAUGGAUAGGCAAGGGAAGAUCUGGGUUCAGGAGAUGUUGCUUCAGGUCAAUGGGUCGACUAUCAAGCUCCUUGACAUAAACUCAAAGGAGGAACUGGAGAAUUAUGGAUUGGCAGCUGUGGUUCAUUGUGAGGCUGUCCAACCUGAGUCCCGGUCCCGAUCCUUGCUUCUAGUCAUGUGCCAGGAAUCUACUCAGCUCAAACCAGAUAUCCACUUCUUUGAGUGUGAUCAAAUUGGGGCAGAAUGGAUCCAGCAAGACAUUAACAGUGCUCUCCUGGAUUUCAGGUCAGGAGGAAAUGCCCAGCGGAAAGAAGCCUUAAGAGCUGCCCAAAACAUGCUUGGUAACCAGGCUGAAAAGGCUCAAGAGAUCCUCUCUCAGCCUUCCAGGCAGGUUCCUGCCAGGACGAAGAUCACUGCACCAGAGCAAAGAGAUUAUUCCUUCAUCCAUGCAGAGCAAGAUGUGGAACUGUUGAACCGGGUUUUUGAUGAUGUAGAAGCCUUCGUGGGAAAGCUGCAGAAAUGUGCCGAAGCCUUCCGUGUUCUGAAUCAACGCAGGCGCUCCCCAAGAGGGCGCCAUCGAGAGCCAGGAGAGGGACUCUUAACAAUCAGAGCAAAACCCCCAUCCCAAGAAGAGUUUGAAGACACUCUGUCCAAGAUCAAAUAUUCCUUUAGCCUUCUGGCAAGACUGAAACCUAACAUCAUAUGCCCUACUUCAGAGGAGCUAAUACUUACUCUUUUCAAACCCUUGAAGAUGAUUGUGGAGUCUUCUGGAGGGGUGGCAUUUGCUUCUGGAUUGCGUAAUCCCAUGAUGACUCUAGAGGCAGUGACUCUGAUGCGGGGCUGCUUAGGGGAACAGGAAGCAGAAUUGUGGCAUUCUCUGGGUGACAACUGGACUAAGCCAAGGGUUGAUUUCCCCAGGGACUAUGCAGCUCCCUACAAUAUAACUUUCUGUAGCGGCUGGGAGCCUCCUGUCCUGGAUGCUUUUGGGAAGCCUUGGGAAGACCCAGUGGAGAUGCAACACCGACAUGAAGAACGCCGCACCCAGCAAUCGGCUCCUGCAAUUGCAGCCAAUGGGUGUAAACGCCCAGAGAGCAAAUUGGUGAUCUGCACCCAUAACUUCACAGCCAGAAACAGCAGUGAACUGUCAAUGCUUCAAGGGGACAUAUUAGAGGUUCUUGAGGAUAGUAAGAAGUGGUGGAAAGUCCAGAAUUGUUAUGGUCAAGUUGGUUUUGUCCCUUACAAUAUUCUUGCUCCAGUGCUGAAUGGAGAUGACUCCAGUAUCCAGAAUGACAAAGGAACGGCUCCAAUCAAUGGAAUCAGCCCUAUAAUUAAGAAAACACCACCUCAGCCAGUACCAAAGACCAAAUGUCUACAGCCAAAUGGUGUAAAACGGGCCUGUGCUGAGGGGCUUGACAUGGACCAGAGUAAGAAAGAACACUUCAAUACAGUCAAUGAGGAGCUCGUCCUGAGGCUGGCCAAUGGGACAACUGGCUGUUGUAAGACUCUUCACAUCUCACGUACUCCAGAUACUGAUGUCCCUUUAGACUACAAUUCGAAUUCUGAUCAAGUCCGGACCUGGCUAGAGGCUAAAGAGUUCAGUCCAUUGACUGUGAGUGCAUUCGGAAUUCUGAAUGGAGCUCAGCUGCUUUCCUUGCAGAAGCAUGAGUUCAGAGCUGUCAGCCCUGAAGAAGGUGCUCGAGUCUACAGCCAGGUUACCAUCCAGAAAGCCCUCCUGGAGGGUUCUGGGAAAACAUCAGAGCUAGAGGUUGUGAUGGCAAGACAAAAAAGGAGAGCAGAAGGAUUGGACCAGUAGAGGUCUCUUUUAGUGUGGUGGUGUGACUCUACUAAAGAAAUGUGGAAAUGCAGCGUACCUUUCAACUUGGCUUAUUUCUUUCCCUACAGCAGUGUUUCUCAAGCUUGGCCACUUUAAGAUGUGUGGACUUCAACUCCCAGAAUUCCCCAGCC